AUGCUUCACUGUGCAAUCGUUGGAACGGGAGACAUGGCCUAUGGCCUGGCCCACCUUUACAGCAACAACAACAAGUUCAUGCUGAACACCUUGGAAGUCACAAAGCCUGGGCUAGAGAUGAAAGAAAAGCGCACCUUCCAUGAUACGGGCGUCAGUCUAGGAAGCUUCAAAGAAGCAAUUGAUCGAGCUGACAUCGUCAUCCUCGCUAUCCCUGCCGAGGCGCUCAAGGGCUUCGUUGCGAACUACUUUCAGUUCUUGCGAAGCAAGAUUUUGGUCGACGUCACCAACAGCUCGGUUCGUGGCGAAGAUCUCAGCUCAAUGUGUCGCCUUACUGAGGUGGAAUGGGUGAAAGCUUUCAACGAUAUCGGCGCCGUGGAUAUUCUUCUCAACAAACCAUACAGCAAGACCAGGGUUGCCACGACUAUGUGUUCUCCGCAUAAGAAGGCUCUCGGCUUGGUUCAGUAUUUUGCGGAGGAGUCCUUUGGCAUGACCGUCAAGAACGUCCCUCCCGAGCGUUACAAUGACAUUGCAAUGCACCAAAACUCUCUCGGACAAGAAUGGAUUCACGCAGCUUGGGUGAUGAUGAUCCUGUUUGCCAUUUGCGAGUUCUACGCCAUCUUGCGUUACAACGUCUUCAAGGGCUAUGCCUGGUUCCAUUUACCAAUCCAGGUCUCGAACAAAGGUAUCUGCUGGACUGCGCUGAAUGGUUUCGCUUGGGCUCAGCUCCCGGGUCUGGUGGCAAGAAUGUUCAACGUCAGCCACAGCGACUCCCUAAGCGACAAGCCACGGUGGCUGCUUUGGUCACUCAGCAUUCGGAAACAUGUCGGCAUAUUAUCGUUGUGGUUCCUUUUCAUUCACAUCUUGAUGAGCCUACUCCUCUUGAAUCCUGCGUAUUAUGGCAAGUUCUACCUUCACCCCAAGGCGAAUACGUCCAAGAUGAACUCCAUUGGGGAGGCUUCUUUUUUCUUUGCAAUUCUUGGAACUGGGUUCUAUGUGAUACUAGGCAUCUGUUCGUUGCCUUCCGUGGGAUCCCACAUGACCAACAAACAGUGGCAAUUGGUAUAUGGCCCCCUUGCAUGGGUAGCUUUGGCGUAUGGAACCAUUCAUGUAAUGGUAAUGGGUGUCAAGGGUUGGGACGACCAAGAGAAAUGGCCAGGAGGCCUCCCCCCGAUAACAUUGACGUCAGUGCUUGUUCCACUGUUGGUGAUGUGGUUGAAGCUCGUCCAAGUCUUGGUGACUGUCAUGAAACGAUCCAUGCACACUGAAAAACCGCACCAAAACUCGUACGACAUGAUCGCCUUUGCGUACCAGGGAGAUGAGGAAACAACUCCAUUUCACGAUGAAGAGAAGAGUAUGUUGCCUCUCAAGCGCGGAUCGGACACGGAGUCUCCGACGCAACGUGAAGUGGUCUGGUGA